CCUCUCUCCCUUUCAAUUGGUCUUCCUGGUGGGCGGAGGACUGCCCAGGCCCCAUUUAGGGGUGGACACUUGGGCCUCCGCCUCCCAGAUCCAGACAGAUCGGAUCUCCGCAGCUGUCCACAGCCAUGGGCUUGGAACUCUACCUGGACCUGCUCUCCCAGCCCUGCCGUGCAGUCUACCUCUUCGCCAAGGCUAAUCGUAUUCCCUUCGAGAUGCAGAACGUGGAGCUGUUCCGGGAUUUUCCUCUCAGACAACCUCAGAGGACCAGUGGUUCCACUGGCUUACUUUUCCCAUCUAUCUGUAUCGGGGAGCACAUGACUGAUGAGUUUGCCAGAGUGAACAGCCUGAAGAGACUGCCAGCUAUGAAAGAUGGAGAUUUCACCUUGGCGGAAAGCGCGGCCAUCCUGCACUACCUGAGUCAGAAAUACAACACUCCAGCUCACUGGUAUCCUCGAGACCUGCAGGCCCGGGCACGGGUGGAAGAAUACCUUUACUGGCAUGCUGACUCCAUUCGAGGCACUUUGGGCUCAGUGCUAUGGAUUCAGGUGCUGGGCCCUCUCAUUGACAUCCAUGUUCCCAAGGAGAAAGUGGACAGGAACAGAGCCUUCAUAACACAACUCCUGCAACAUCUGGAGCAGAAGUUCCUCCAGGACAAGCCCUUCCUCACUGGUGACCAGAUCUCUGUGGCUGAUCUGAUGGCGCUGGAGGAGCUGAUGCAGACCUUCUAUGCUGGUUUUGAUGUCUUCGAAGGGAGGCCCAAGCUGGCAGCUUGGCGUGGGCGGGUAGAGGCCACCUUCGGGGAGGAGCUAUGGCAAGAGACCCAUGAAGCCAUCCGUAAACUCUGUGCAGAUCCCAAGUCCUUGAAGGACAUCCCCUUGGCCAUGCAGGAGGGGAUGAAGUUACGUCUUUCAAAGAUCCCCUAAUACAAGAAUUUCUCCCUAGGUCAGAACCCUCAAAAGGAAUGAGCCCCAGUGAUGAAAAGCCCAGUGUCGACAGAUGUAUCCACGGAUAUCAUCUCCUUCUACAUACAUUCAUGACCAGCAUUCACACACCUCCAAGCAUGCAUUUGUGCACACCAGCACACAUCUGGAUACCUCGGAUAAUUCCCACCCCCUUAUAGAUACUGACAAGUUCAUAUCCACACAUAGGGAGAUAUCAGCAAACCAACUGAUGUUUGAGGAAAAGGAUCUCGGUUGUCUGGAAUCCUCAUCUGGGUCUGGGAAUUUAUAGGUUUUACACAAACAAAUGUAAAAUUGUAUUUAAAAAAACCCAACACUAAAACUGAAUAGGAAACUACUUGUCAUGAUGGUAAUUCAAGGAGAAAAGGUCCUAGGCCUUUAAAUGAAAUAAGAGCUUCAAAGGCUGGACAGUGACAGAGACACACCGGGAGGAGUGGGGGGAGGGUUGGCUUUGGAGGCCAAAGGACCUCAGAGCCCAUCUGGUCUAAUGGGAGUCCAAACGGAAUACUCUCUUGGCUAUCCCAAAGAGAUGUUACUUCUAGUUUGGAAAUUCUGGACAGCUAGUGAUGGGGAACUCAUUCCCUUUGGACACAGCCUACCCAAAGUUUCAGAUAGUUCCAAGAGUCAGGUGAUUUUUCAUUAUGUUGAUCCUAAAUCUGACUCUUUGCAAUGUCUCCCCAUUGCUCCACUCUCUGCCUUGUGAGGCCAAGGACAACACAUUUAAUUGCUCUUCCUGACAGAUCCUCAAAUAUCUGAAGACUGAUUAUUGAAGAAUAAUUCAACAUUAUUAGCACCCACUAUGAACUGGAGGAACUGGGCAUACCCCACUCUAAUUCCAUUCUAAUCUAGCCAAGGGCUGUGUUCUGAUAUCUUCCCAGACGUUUCCAAACAAUGCUAUCUGUAACCUGGUCGUUCGUCCUCCUCCUUCUCACUCCAGAUCCCAGAUCCUGCCCCGGGACACCAGACUGUGAAGAUGAACAGUGCUCCAUUUCACUUCCCAACUAUUUCCAAACUUUGUGGCCCCGUGUUUUCCACUCCCUUGUCAUGCCUAGCUUUCCUUUAUUCUGCCUCCUCCCCCCCCCCCGCUCCCAUUAGAAUGUAAGCUUUUUGAUGGCUGGGACAGUCUUCUUUGCUAAUUUUUGUAUUCCAAGCAUUUGACAUAGUGCCUGACAUAUAGUAAGAACUGAAUAAAUGCUUUUUCAUUCAUUCGUUUA